AUGUAUUUUUCAUCUGAAGAAGAAGUCCGUGCUUUUUACAAAUCAUAUGCCCAAGGUCUUGGUUUUGGUAUUUCAAAGUUGGGUUCCAAAAAAGGAGAUGAUGGUCAGAUAAAGUAUUUUUCAUUCGGAUGCUCUAAAAAUGGUAAGACCGUUCUUAGAGUGAAAAAUUCCUUUUAUCCUAGAGCUUGUAGCAAAACAGAUUGCAAAGCAAAGAUUAAUAUUACAGUUCAGAAUGAUGAAUUAUAUGUCAUUACUAGUAUUCAACUAGAACAUAAUCAUGCAUUAAGUCUAAGGAAGUCAAGACAUUUCAAAUGUAAUAAAGUGUUAGAUUCCCAAACUAAGAGGAAAUUAGAGUUGAAUGAUCAAGCCGGAAUAACUUUGAGUAAAAGUUUUCAAUCAUUUGUUGUUGAAGCUGGUGGUUAUGAAAAUUUAUCGUUUGAUGAGAGAAAGUGUAGAAAUUAUGUGGCUGAAGCGCGGAGAUUAAGGCUCGGGAAUGGUGAUGCAGAAGCCUUGAAUAAUUACUUUUGUCGUAUGCAAUGUAGAAAUUCAAAUUUCUUUUAUGUAAUUGAUGUAGAUGAAGAUUCUCGCAUAAGAAAUAUAUUUUGGGCUGAUGCAAGAUGUAGGGCUGCAUGUGAUUCUUUUUCUGAUGUCGUUACAUUUGAUACCACAUAUCUUACUAAUAGUUAUGAUAUGCCAUUUGCUCCGUUUGUUGGAGUAAAUCAUCAUGGUGAAUCUAUAUUACUUGGUUGUGGUUUGAUAUCUAAAGAAGAUUCAGAAACUUUCAUUUGGUUAUUUAAAUCAUGGUUGGCAUGCAUGAGAGGAAGAGCUCCACGAGCUAUUAUUACGGAUCAAUGCAAAGCUAUGGAAAUUGCAAUUCUUGAGGUAUUUCCCGACUCUCAUCAUCGGUUAUGUCUUUGGCAUAUUAUGAAAAAACUUCCAGCUAAGUUUAGUAGUCAUGCCGAUUAUAAGUUGAUAAAGAGAAACUUGAAGAAUAUUGUUUAUAAUUCUUUGACAUCUACAGAAUGUGAUAACAACUGGAAAAAAUUUAUCAAAGAAUUUAACUUGGAGAAAAAUGAUUGGUUGAAUUCUUUAUAUGAAAUUCGUCAUAAGUGGAUGCCUGUGUAUGUGAAAGAUAAAUUUUGGGCAGGGAUGUCGACAAGUCAAAGAAGUGAAAGUAUGAAUGCUUUUUUUGAUGAUUAUGUUCAUUCAAAAACAACUUUGAAGCAGUUUGUUGAACAAUAUGACAAUGCUUUGAAAAGCAAGAUUGAAAAGGAAGAUAAUUCUGAUUUUGCAUCUUUUAAUUCAAUAAUUCCAGUUAUCAGUGGCAAUCCAAUUGAAAAGCAGUUUCAAAGUGUUUACACUAACAAGAUAUUUAAGUUGUUUCAAAAUGAACUACGAGGUUUGAUGUUUUGUAAUACUUCAUUUGUGAAGGAAGAAUGA